AGCUCAAUAAAAUUGUUGAAUGUAAUUAUUACUUACUUUCAAAAUCCGUACCUGCCGAAGCAUCACACCGCUUUUACUUUACUUUUGGAAGUUUUUACUUCCGAGAAUUUUGUGAUGAAAAGAUGUAACGAGAGUCAAGUCCCGACUAUCAAUCGAUAAUUAAAAAAAGUGUAACCAUCGAUAGUGUCUAUAGUGCUAUCGAUAGUUUGACAGCCCUAUUGUUUUUGUGUCACCCAAUACUUGAUGUGACAAAUUGAUUUCCAUGAGCUUACGACUUAUUUCUUCGAGAUUCGGAUUGGACCCUUUAGCAGGGAUCAGGAAAAAUCAAAAAUUUUCUAACCCCUUAUAUAGGAAACUCUUUUUAUCUGAUCCAAUUUGGUCUUUUAGUGCACGUACCGCGCGUUGUCUUCGACCUAAGUACGAAAUGGAUACAGUGUACCUCCGUCGUAGUGGUGACAGCCAGGAGCUUCACAUAAACUUUCGAUAUACCAAUCAAGAAUUGCGAGUGGAUAGAGAUUUUAACUUUUGUCGUAAAAUAAACGAAAACAUAGAGGACGCGUUGAUCCGCAUACGAAAUAAUUUAGAAAAAGUACUGAAUAAAGGAGCCAAAAAGAGCAAGAAAAAAUCGCUGUCGGAUUUAAAGGACCUAUCGGGUUAUAGCUUAGAUGAGAUUCCUGUAGAAAUACUGCGAUCCGACCUCAAUAAAAGAGUAGAAAACAUGACUUUUGCAAAGCUCUUGGAUGAAAAAUUGAGCGACUUAAAACUUCGCAUAAUAGAUAAACAUUUUCAGAUAGUAUAUAACAUGCCGUGGGUAGUAAAUUUAACCUUACCUAUAAAUAUAAUGGCAGGCUUCAGGGUCUAUCCGAGCAAAGUUGAAUUGCAGUUUUCUGACCGAAACCAUAGCAUUGGAAAAUGGUAUAAAGCAAAAAAGCCAACAAGUGGAGACCUCGAGAGAGGAGCUGAUUGGAAGCAUUGCGGCGAUGGCUUUCACUAUGAUAGCACCAAUAACGAUAUAGGACACUUUCUAAAAUUCAAGCUAACACCUGGAAAUGAAGUAGGUGAACUUGGUCCGACUGUUGAGCAAAUCACUAAAAAUGAAAUACAAGCUGGUCCUGGAAAGUGCCCCUUUGAAACAAGGCACUGUUUCACCAAAUCCAAACUGAGCGACGAUUCUUUUCGAAUUGUGUCGUAUAACAUUCUCGCUGAUUUAUAUGCGGACAGUGACUACACUCGUACGCAUCUUUUCCCUUACUGUCCACCAUAUGCAUUGAAAAUUGAAUACCGCAAGCAAUUAGUUUUAAAAGAAAUAAUUGGUUACAAUGCGGACAUAAUUUGUUUACAGGAGGUUGAUUUGAAAAUAUUCGAUUUGGAUCUGACACCUAUUUUGGGUUCUGACGAACUGGAAUAUGAUGGCAUGAUCGCUCAAAAAGGAACUUGUGGAGAGGGUGUUGCGACGUUUUAUCGAAAGUCUCGAUUCGAUUUACAUAGUAAAUAUGAGAUUAAUAUUGGAGAAGCGAUACGCAAUAUCCCGCAGUUUCAAAUAUUGUAUGGUAAGAUCAAAGACAAUGAGAAGCUCUUGGAUCGUAUUUGUGAUAGAUCCACAACCCUCCUGAUUACUGUGUUGAAAUGUAAAGCUAAUGGGCGGUAUUUGCUAGUGGCAAAUACUCACCUAUAUUUUCAUCCGGAUGCGGAUCACAUACGACUUUUACAAAUGGGUUUUGCAAUGACUUACAUCAGCCACGUAUAUGAGGACCUCGCAACGAAACUUAAUUUGUCUAACAAGAAUGAGUUAUCAUUGAUCUUUUGUGGCGAUUUCAAUAGCGUCCCGGAAUGUGGGAUUUACAAAUUAAUGAUAGAAGGGACUGUAGGAAGAGAUUGUGCAGACUGGUCAAGCAAUACUGAAGAAGCGGUUCAAAAUGUUACCCUUUCGCAACCAUUUAAUAUGAAAUCCGCUUGUGGGACGCCUUCAUAUACAAACUAUACACACGCAUUUGCAGCGUGCCUGGAUUAUAUAUUUUACCAAAGUAACUGCCUGGAAGUUGAGCAGGUGGUUCCCCUGCCUACAGAAGAUGAGUUACAAUGUCAUACAGCAAUACCGUCGGUUGUUUUUCCCUCAGACCAUGUGGCGUUGGUCGCUGAUAUAAAGUUUAAGAGCAUUUAGUAAAUUUUAAAGUCUAACAAAUAACGCCAGUAAACGCUUUCUAGAAAGUUGUUGUCAAUAAACAGAGUAUCCGAAGUUUAAUUUUUUCAUUAUGUAAGAUAAAAGCAAAUAUCUGCAAUGAAU